CAAAUACAUAUUAAAACUCAACAAAAUAAAAGUAAAAAAAAAUACGAUUAUGAAGUUGUUGUUCGCCCUCUUAUUUUAGAUAAAAUUUUUUCUCUGAUUAGCUGAUGAAAACACAGAUCAUUGCCUUUACAAAUAAAUCAGAUCAAGAUGUCAAUAAUUUAACAGAACUUUAUUUACCUUGUCCACGAUCUAAUAGACGAUCUGUUUAUUUCCAGAAUAGUAAAGGUCAAUUAUAUGAAAUUCAAAAAGUGACAUUGGGACGUAAAAGCUCCUGGUUAUUAGAUAAUCAUAUCUAUAAAGAUGGUGCAGUACGAUUUAUCACGCCCUUGGAUCCUCUUUUCAUGGCAUUACCUAUUCUUCAACAAGCUUUUGAAAAAGAUAAAGAAAAAUUUCAAACGUUAGAUACUAUUUUUAGUAGAGAAAAUGUUCAAUUGGAGACUAUAGGUUUAGAGGAUUCAUCUUCAACCGCAGAAGAGACCAUCGAUGUACAUAGAUUGACUAGUCUCACUGGUUUUUCAGAACAACUAUCUCAUUUAUGCGAUACUCAAGAAAUUGCACCUGAUCUAUUCAUAUACAAAUUUAAUCAAGAACUUGCAUUAAAUUGGCUUACAAAAAAAGUUGAACAAUUAAUAUUAAAUACAACUUUUAAAAAGCAAUUCAAUACAACACAACAAGAUCAAGAUGUUAUUAAAUUAGAAGCAGUUUACACAUUAUCAAACUAUUUAAAUAGAUUCUGGUUCGAAAAGUUAUUAACUAAAUUAAACUUGAAAGAGAUAAUAAAGGAAGAAGAUGUAGUAGGAAAUAUAACCAAUUAUGUGAUAGAUGCAUCUCCAUCUGCUUAUUUUAAACGUGUACAUCCAGAUGAGAAGUUUGUAGAUGAACCCAAGGUAUCUUACAUUUAUAAUAGCUGUCAUGUUAAAUAUAUAUGUAUAUAAUUUUGUUCACAUUUUAUUUGUUUAGAAAAAGAAACCUACUAUAUCAAAAGUAAAUACAAAAGGAAUGAAGCCAAUUACAAGCUUUUUUACAAAGAAAUGAACCUA